AAGUAGUAGUUGCAAAGCGGAAAGAAAAUGGCGGCCGUGGCUGCGGAGCCAGGAGCUGCUGCUGCGGCGGCAUCAACAACAGCAGCGGGGGACGGGGUCGAGUACGAUCCGGAGCCCGGCGAGCAUGUGGCCGAGCUCGAGGCCCACCCGACGCGGGACUUCGCCCGCGAAGUGGAGCUCUGUCACCCGGCCGAGGAGGAGGUGGAUGCGGGGCAGGAAUGCAGCCAGGUCCAGAUGGAAAUGAGAAGGCCGGACCUCCAAGCCGCGGGAAAAGCCCUGCCUGCCUGCGCGGAGGAUGGACUAGCCGGGGCGGGCGGCGCGUGGAGCCGCGUGGACGCCGUCGAGUGUGAGCGCGUGGUCCUCGCGGACUGCAGGUAUACAGACAUUGCCGCGGUGGCGGAGGAGCGCCUGAAGGAGCCGUUCUCGCCCAGCGUGGAGGCUCCUAACAAGGUCAGCGCCUGCCUUCUUCUGCCCAGCAGCUCCUCCGGCGCCAGCUCCAUCUCAGACUCACAGCAGCAGCCCUCCGUGGUGUUUCUGCACUCCCUGCCCGCUCACCACCACCAUCCCGGCGACUCGGACACCGAGCUGUCUCUCGCCGAGGCGGCCGAGCCCGCGGCUGAACCGGCUGCGGCCGAGUAUUACAGUAAUCCGCAGUCGCCUCAUCCUACUGACUCUAUAGCGUUCACACAGCCGUCUCGGGAGCCGCACUUGGAGCCUGAAGCCGCCAACGACGCUCCCGGCUCCGACUUUAAACCUCCCGAGGACGCUUUCCACGAACUGCCCCAACCUGCCGCAGACACGCCCGGCUCCCCGUCCGUACUGGAGGAGAGCUCGCUGGGAGACUCGGUAGGGCAAAGUUGCGUUAGUGACUUUUCUAACGGCUCCAGCAAGGACUCCAUUAGCAACGAGCUCCCAUCAGAACCCGAGGAGGUGCGCGCGCAUCCUGCCGCCCUGAGUUUGAAAACGCACCUGAGCGAACCCGAGCUCAAGCCCCAGGUGCCUCAGGUGCCCAGCCCGGAGAGGCAGCCUGAGAGCAUCAUGAGCCUCGUCCUGGGCUCGGAGGUUCGAGUCUCGCUGGAUCACAUCAUCGACGAUGCGCUUGUGGUGUCCUUUCGUUUCGGGGAGAAAAUCUUCUCCGGGGUGCUGAUGGACCUUUCCAAAAGGUUUGGACCCUAUGGAAUCCCAAUAACUGUGUUCCCCAAGAGAGAGUAUAAGGACAAACCAGAAUCUAUGCAGCUUAAGACGGAGGCAUUACAGUCAGAGACUGAGAAGAGCGUCACUCAAGGAACUCCUGAUGCCCCUCCAAAGGAACCUGCCCAGGCCUCUUCAGUGCCCCAAGCCAGCCCUACCCCUCAGCCCAACCAAUGGACCUCAAAACCACCCCCUUUGUUUCAGGAGGGGGCCCCCUACCCACCUCCGUUGUUCAUCAGGGACACCUACAACCAAUCGUUACCUCAGCCUCUACCCCGCAAGAUCAGACGGCCAAAGCGCAGGCUGUACCGCGAGGAGCCCACAUCCAUUAUGAACGCCAUUAAGCUCCGACCGAGACAAGUGCUGUGUGAUAAAUGCAAAGGGGCUGUGGUACAAGGGGACAGGCGUGAGACGCGCAGAGGCCCCGUUUCAGACUGCCGGAGCGAUGAUGCAAAGCGGCGGAGAAAUGACAGCACAGCCGCUGCUGCUGGGAAGCGGCCACGUAGCGAGGACAGAAGCCGCACUGCUGAAGGACCCAAGCGGCAGGCUGCAACCUUACGGGUCACUUCCUCUUCUGCAUCUUCUGCUCUAGGUCAGAGUCACGUUAAGGGGGCUUCUGCUGGGAACCGAGUGGUAAGAGGGAUUUCCACUGCAGCACCGUCCUCAGCCAACAGAGUGCAGCUCAAUGCCAAGAAAGUGCUGCAGAGCAAAAACGUUGAUCACUCUAAAGCACGAGAAGUGCUAAGGAUGGCCAAAGCUCAGAAGCGGCAAAGAGAGACUGUCGCCAGCAGCAGCAGCAGCAGCAGCAGUAGUAGUAGUAGUAGCAGCAGUGGUAACACCAAGGCCAUGACAAGGGCUGCUGCUCUCCAGGAAGCCCACCAGAAGGUCCACUUCACCAGACGACUUCAGCAGAUCAGUGGAGGAGGACCGGCCAUGGCGAACCCGCUGCCACCCAGGAUGCGCAUCAAGCCCCAAAGGUACCGUAAUGAAGAAAACGAUUCUUCCACAUGUAGGCCGCCUUGCUUGGAGAAAGUGCCGGGAGGGGGGCGUUUAGCGCUGCCUAAGCUAGCUGCAGCCCGCUGCACCUCCACACGCUCCUCUUCCUCCUCCUCCUGCUCCACAGGCCAGGCCGCUGCUGCUGCAGAGCCUCAGGGGCAAGACAGAUCGCUCGAGCCCCCGUUAAUCCAGCAGGCCCAAACCAAACCCCAUCCACACCCCCACACAGCUACGGAGCACAGGGACCCCCAGCUCGAGCCAGAGGAACAGGAGGGGCAGGAGACACAAGGGAGCAAAUCGGGCAACUUGGUGGUCUACAUGACCCUUAAUCCCAGCCAGCCCGACUCCUCUAGUACCUCGAUGUGCAGCGUUGAUAGUGCAGAUGAUUUAAAGUCAUCAAACUCUGAGUGUAGCUCAACUGAAACCCUUGACUUUCCCCCUCCCGGCGAUUUACGCUCGACCCCUGCCCCCGGCACAUCUUCCACUUUCGCCUCCACCUCUCCCUCUGCUCCCAAGGAAGAAAAAAAGCGCAGUAAAUCCCACAAAGCCACCGUCUUUUCCAAAAAUGUCUCAAAGUGCGUUGCCCUGGAUGGCAGGACCAUUUGUGUAGGGGACAUUGUGUGGGCCAAAAUUCUCGGCUUCCCCUGGUGGCCUGCCCGCAUCCUUGCCAUCACAGUGAGCCGCAAAGAUAACGGGCUGUUAGUCAGACAGGAGGCCCGUGUCUCCUGGUUUGGGUCGCCUACCACUUCCUUCCUGGCAAUUACUCAGCUUGCCCCCUUUCUAGAAAACUUCCAGUCUCGCUUUGACAAGAAGAGAAAGGGUCUGUACCGUAAAGCCAUCACAGAGGCCGCCAAGGCAGCCAAACAGCUCACUCCUGAGGUUCGCGCCUUGCUAACUCAGUUUGAGACGUGAGGUUGUGUGCCUUUGACAGGUAGGCAAAGCAAGCACUCGCUUUUGACCUGUAGCCCCUCCCAAAAAACUCUUUGCCCCCCUAACCGUGCCCAGCCACCUCGCACAGAGAAGCCCAGAGAGUGUCAGGCCAGACAACCAGGACUGUUAUUUAUUUUUCGUGGAACAGGCAGAGAGGCUAGGGGGGCAGGGGAGGUGAAUACUGUUGGAAAAUUGAUAAUGCUGAAUAAUGAUAAUGAAAGGAAAUUGACACGAAUCAUUAUGUUCAGUUGGAGUUUUAACGUGUAUGAAUUGAUUUUCUUUUGAACCCAUAUGCCACAUCUAGUAUCAUUUUGAUCUUUUCUACGUUCGUAUAUUUUGCUAUUAUUCCACAUUUACAGGAUAGAUCAUUCUCUUUCCUAUGACCUCACUCACUUGCCUAAAUGAAAGACCAUCAUAGACAUAAAGAAGUUUUUACAGUAGACUUUAACCAUCUGCUGUCAUAGGGUUUUGAUUGAUUGAUUGUUUUUAGUAUUCUUUUAAAGAAUGUUUUUACAUGAGCUGUUCCUUGUGAACAGAGCUGGGUAGACGAGUGAUUUGAGUAAAUAGUUGGAACGUUUGUUUUUAAGGAGAUGUGGAUAUUGGGCCAGGGCUAUGCUUCCACGUGGAUAUAUAAAGAGAGAAAAAGAGGGUGGGCAAUGGGAGACUUUUUAAUGGCACCUGGUUAGCGAUCUAUGUGAUUAUUUGGAUUAGAACAGUUUAGCUUGAUCCGUAAAGUCCUGGUAAUUUCAGAACAAGAUGUGCACAAACAAAUGUGUACAUGAUGGAAAGUAACAUGUCAAGAAGGGCCCAGGUUGGUGGGUACACAAUGUCUUACUCAGGUAGAUGAAGAGACUUGAUAGGUGCUGCUCCUCCUUAGACAUUAUUAGAUGCUGGAUUUUGGUCCUGAGGUCCGAACAGAGGAUCAGUUGGGAUCUGGGUGUGGCUCUCUGCCAGUCGUGACUUUGCAGGCAGGCGGCUUAGCCAGGUUUAUGAUGGAGGUGUCUGUACGCCAAAGUCACCUGAAGUGCCAGUCGGAGGAGUGAGCAGGGACCUUGUUCGCUUCGUAGCCGAGAGAACCGUAGAUGGGCCCUGCCAGCUGAUGUGAUUCCUCCCUGAUUCCCACCCCUCACAAUUCCAACAUCUGUUACCCUCACUUCUCAUUUAACUACUCACCCACUGCACAGCUCGCAUCUUCUCCCCUCUCCUCUGCUUUGUCUAGCUGUCUCACACUCUUUCUCUCCUGCCUGUUUGUCUGUUUGUGUUCUGUUACCGUGUCUCACAUGUCUGGUUUUAGCUUCAAUAUUCUCACUCUCAGUUUACACCUCUUUGUUCUUGUGUGGAUGUAGAAGCUCCUGUUUGCUUCCAACCGAUGGGAUCACACACAUUUAUUUGAGGCCACCGUUUGUUUGUCCAAGCCAUUCAUAUCUUUCACUUUAAAAUCAGUACACUUUGUUGCAGUAGAGCAUCAAAAUCCGUUAUUACUGAUUUGCAUUAAACCGAUAAGAGAGAGAGAAGACUGCCCAUACUGUCUUGCUGUAAAGGAGAGCACUGAACCACAAGGCAGCCUUUCUGAUAAGUUCUUAUUUCCGAGCAUAAAUAUGGGUUAGAACUUCUUGUUGGUUUUAGUAGUUAAACGAUUUCUUUAUUGUUUAGUGUUCAUUGCCUCUCGGCUGCAUUUCCAGCUGAGGAAUGUGUUUUAAAAUUUAUUUGUUGUGCCUGAACUUUAUUGUUUUAUGUCAUUUCACUUCUUGGGUCAUAGGGCUGAACAUCUGGAAAUACACAUUUGUAUAUACAGUAUUCAAAAUGUAUUUUACCAGAUAGAUGGGUUGGGAAAUGACUUAAAUCUUCUUUUAUGACCUGAGAACAAAAGGUUUUAAGUUUGUGUGGCUCAAGUGAGCAUUAUGUCGAAAAGAAAAUGUGUAACCUCUCUGAUCUGUAAUCAACAUUGUCUUUAAAUUACAUACCCAUUACAUUCUAAACUGUAUCUACAUGCCUGAGAAGGGAUAUACUGUAAGAUAAGCCUGGUCUUUCCAAGUACAGCAAUCAAAUUGGCAGAGAUCAAUGGCUUGAGAGGGGAAAUAAAACCCAACACUUUGCUUGGUAGACCACACUGACUAACGGACAUUUGUCGAAAGCAGAGCAAAAAAAGGUAUUUAUUUUGGUGUUUGGCUUUGUUUCAUUUCAACCUCUUUUUAUUUUUUACUUUUAUGAUUUCUAUCUGUUUGCAGGUCAGAGAAUGCUGUAAAACCAUUGAAAAAAAGUUACAGUUGAAGAUAUUGUGUACAUGUUUUCUGAUGUUUUAAGAGUAUAUAAAUAAAAUGUGAACUUCAAGAA